AUGGGGAGUAAUACAGCUCUCACUCAUGCCAAAGCAUCAGUUAAACAAUCACUCACUGAGGAACAAUUAGAAAAACUUCAUAACAUGAUGAAACAAAGCCUCAUUGAAGGUAAAAAACAAAAGAAGGUUAAAAAGACUUCCAAACUCACUAGUAAGGAUUUUAUAAAUUCACCUCGUGAUCCACUCAAUGAUAGUCUCAAACAAGACUCGAAGCAAUUUUCAAACUAUCAUCCCCAUCAAAAUAUUCUCUACUCUCAAUUGUAUAAUGAUGGUGAUCCAUUUGCUGAUAACAAGAUUUGCUUUCCAAUGCUAUUGAAGAAUAAUCAUGAUGCUGCAAGACAAAAGUCAAUAUCACCUCUUCCCUACAUUCCUGGUUAUUUAGCAUCCGAUUACAUGCCCUCUCCAAAGGCUUUACCUCAAUUAAAGUCGUGUGGACGUUUGGUUGGUGUUCAUUCUUCACGCACUGAAAUUAGUACAGUGCAGAGAAGUAAGACAUGUCCACCAACGGCAGCUGCUGUGAAUAACAAGUCCUAUAUUGAAUGA